GCUCUCGGCCUCGUGAGUUUUUCACAAGCUCUGGAUCACGUGAAAUUCGGAGCCAGCCGCGUCAUCCAACCGAAUCCUUGUGCGCACGAGCGUACGGCGAAGAGGGUGUCUGCAUGUUUGCUUGGGACUGCCUCAAUUUGAGUGGAACUCACAUUACCUUCUGUCACGAUCGAUUCUACUACGGGAGCUGCUGCAAGCUUCCCGAGGGCGUUCGAGCUCCGAACCGGAGUCCACCCGGCUACCGUAAUCCGCCGUCCAAUCAUCUCGAUGCAUCGACUCGCCGACCUGUCAGAACGACGACACCGGACGCGAUCGAAGUUCAAUUCGGAGAAGACGUGGCCACCUCCAGACCGCCCGUCGUAGAGGUGCAGUUUCCAAGGGAUCCAACGCCGAAACCCACGAUACCACCGGCCAUUCCGACGCUCUAUCCUAUAGUUCCCCCCACAACGCAACGGAGACCGAUAGUUGUGCACAACCACCACAAGAAGCCCGGCCAGUUCCCGCUGAAGGGCACCACUGUUCCCCCCACCCCGCGUCCUCGACCCACUGAAGAGGUGACCACGAUGGCCAUCACCGAGGUGCCGACAGGCAACCCGACGUGGAUAGUCGCCGACGAGGCGGACAAAAACGGUCGUCCCACCACAACUCCUGAAGCUCUGGAGGAUUCGAGUCCGGUGGCAACCAAGCCAGAUUCUGUCGAGACGACUCAACGACAAGCGAUCGCAGAAACGACGAUCCGGACCUCGGAAGAAACAACCACCGCGCCCCCAUUGACUACAACAGCGGCUGCCGAGACAUCGACGACUUUUUCCUCAGCCGAUGUGACCACAACGACGGCCGCUGCCGCGGCUGAUAUCGAGGCAACCCCCGCUGUCAAAGAGCCAGAGACAGCAAGCCCAGAAGCUGACCUUCCGACGACGCCUUCCUCCACGACAACAACCACGCCAACAGCAACGACGACAGCAGAACCUCAAGCUCCAUCGGAGAGCGUAUCGGGGAGUGCUGACAAUGCUCCCGUUUCCACGGAAGCGGGACCGAUCGUUGAAAGUACGUCAACGCCGCAGCCCGCGAGUAGCGAAAUUCCUCAUAUGAGCUCUGAGAGUCCAUCGUCCGCGUCGAGUGAUCCGACGGAAGAAACCGUGACCCCCACGAAAGCAGUUCCGUCAGUACCGGCCACCGCAGUGAGCGACCCGGUUACGGAAUCGACGACGACAACGUCGACCACCACCACUACUCAAGCGGUAGAGACUACGACCGAAUACGAUCCAAUCGAAGCGAUUUGUGGGAUGCCCAAGAGUUUCGCCUCGGCGCGCAUUGUUGGUGGCGAGCUCACUCGUUUCGGAAAAUGGCCGUGGAUGAUAUCUCUCCGUCAACGCAAGAAGAACUCUUUCGUGCACAAGUGUGGGGCCGCCCUCUUGAACGAGUACUGGGCCGUGUCGGCAGCUCAUUGCGUUCACAACGUUUCCCCCAACGAUAUUCUGCUCAGACUGGGUGAAUACGAUCUCAGUGGACACGAUAAGGAACCUCUGGGACACAUUGAGCGACGAGUCCAAAUAGUGGCCACUCAUCCAAGAUUCGAUGCGCACACAUUUGAAUACGAUUUGGCUCUGAUGAGAUUCUACGAGCCGGUAACGUUCGCGGAUAAUAUA